GCGGGAGGUGCGAGUAGCCGGGUGGGUGGUUUCCCGUGCCGGGGCACCGACCCGAGCCCGGGUGGGGGCCGAAGCCGGAGCCGGUACCGGUAGAGAAGACGGGGGUGGGACUCUUAGGGAGUGAUCUGGCCGGACAGGGGGCGGGACUUCUUCCAACCUGACUGUGCUUUCGGUGUGUUCCGCUCUGCGCUCCCGGUUCUGCGUUACCGGCCCUGCGUCUACAGCGGUUUCCCCCAGCGACUGUGGCUCUGGCCUUUCCUGCCCCCUCCCCCCGGCACAGCGGAGCGAGGGGGCGCGGGCAGCCGGUGGACGGAGGCUGAUCGCCGCGCAGCUGAUGCCCCCACGCGUGACACCGGUUUGGGGGGCCCUCGCCGCUGCUACACUUCUGUGUGAAAGGGGAGUUUUUUCCCCGCCUCCCCACGCGAGGAGAAGGGUCCCGAGGGCGAGGGAGGCGGGCCCUGAGCUCCUGGGCCUUUGGAAUUACCCCUGCCCCACUCCCCAGGUGACGGGAAAGGAUGACCACGCUCACACGACAGGACCUCAACUUUGGCCAAGUGGUGGCUGAUGUGCUCUGCGAGUUCCUGGAGGUGGCGGUGCACCUCAUCCUCUACGUGCGCGAGGUGUACCCGGUGGGCAUCUUCCAGAAGCGCAAAAAGUACAAUGUGCCGGUCCAGAUGUCCUGCCACCCAGAGUUGAAUCAAUAUAUCCAGGACACAUUGCACUGCAUCAAGCCACUCCUGGAGAAGAAUGAUGUGGAGAAAGUGGUGGUGGUGAUUUUGGAUAAAGAGCACCGCCCAGUAGAGAAGUUCGUCUUUGAGAUCACUCAGCCUCCAUUGCUGUCCAUCAGCUCAGACUCCUUGCUGUCUCAUGUGGAGCAGCUGCUCCGAGCCUUCAUCCUGAAGAUAAGUGUUUGUGACGCUGUGCUGGACCACAACCCCCCAGGCUGCACCUUCACAGUUCUAGUGCACACGAGAGAAGCUGCCACCCGAAACAUGGAGAAGAUCCAGGUCAUCAAGGACUUCCCCUGGAUCCUGGCAGAUGAGCAGGACGUCCACAUGCACGACCCCCGGCUAAUACCUCUAAAAACCAUGACAUCGGACAUCUUAAAGAUGCAGCUCUACGUGGAAGAACGAGCUCAUAAAAGCAGCUGAGGAUACGCCUGCUACCCACAGAUGCCAUGGCUGGCUGAUUCUGGGGUCCCUGGCCCUGGGCAGUGUUGCAGGCCCCCCGAUUCCAAGUGCUCUUAUUGCCUGUGUGUGUGACAUCCCUUAUUGCCUCUGUGUAUGGCUGCUCAGGUCUGCUUGCCUUCUCUGAGGAGGCCUCCCCAGGAGGGCAGUGAGGGAUGCUGGGACUGCAGUUUCUCAGCCCUGGAGUUCAGUUGGCCCACACACUGCCUGUCUCAAAUACUGUUCUGUGAGUUGUUUCAAUAAAGGGCCCCAGGGGCUGACUGGGCUG